AAAUAUAUCUUCCCUGUAAUGUGUUGUAUGAAGAAAUAUGUCGGCCAGUUUUUAUUUUGCUAUCGUUGGACAUGCAGACAACCCGUUAUUCGAAUUUGAAUUCCCUAACCCUGGUAAAGAUGGAAAGAAAGAAGAUCAUGCGCACCUCAGCCAGUUUGUUGCCCAUGCUGCACUUGAUUUAGUAGAUGAACAUGUAUGGAAAACAGCAAGCAUGCAUUUAAAAGUUAUCGAUAAAUUUAAUCAAUGGUUUGUUAGCGCAUUCGUGACAGCAACUCGAAUACGUUUUGUAAUGGUGCAUGAUAGUAAAAACGAAGAUGGUAUUAGGAACUUCUUCAAUGAAAUGUAUGAAACUUACAUCAAGUACUCCAUGAACCCGUUUUACAAGAUAAAUACAUCAAUCAAGUCAGUUGGGUUUGAGAAAAAAGCGCAGCUAUAUGGAAGGAAGUAUUUAAUGUCAUAAGUAUGAGGGAAACAUGUAAAGCGGAAUCGUAAAAUAAUUUUGCGCCCAAAAAUGAAUUUACGUGUAUUUUGUAAGUUUUAGUUGUAAGUUUUAUUUUUAGCUUUAUUUUGUACUCGAGUAAGUUACUGUAUUUUUCUUUGCAGUUUUUUGGUAUUACUAGCGCAUUUGACAAAAAAAAGAUGCUCGAUUCUAUUCUAUAUGUGUUCAUUCAUUUGUUAAUAUUUUUAAUGCAAAUUUGGAGACGAUUGUAAAAUAAGAUUUCUCAAAAUAUAACAGGCUAACUGUACAUCAAGCCAGUUGAAUGUAUGGUUAGAUUUUUGUUGUAUCGAAAAAGCCAAUAUUCAACACGUGUCCAAAGUUGCAUUUAAAAUUUAAGCAAAAGACUGCAAACUUCUAUUCAAUUACUAUCGGAGCUAAAAAGAGGAUUUUUCUCACAAAUACACUAAAAAUAAUAGUUAUUACCAAAAAUUGCUAGAUGAUCAAAAAAACUGCAACACCAACGAAGAACUUAUUGUUAGCUUUGGAUCGCUCUUUGUGCUUAAAACAUACGAAAUCAGACUGAUUUGGUCACCCAUUUCUCGAAUAUCAGACGUGUUUAUAGAAUUUUUGUACGGUGAUUGCUCCGACAAUAAGUGUAAGCGUUCGAUCAAUUUAAUAGUGAGCCAGAUACAAUUAUAAUAAAGAUUGAUGUUAAUUGUUUUUUAUUGUAAUGCUUUAGUCAUUUCUAGGAAUUGUUGCUUAACAACUUUAACGGCUUUGGGUGCCAGGUAAGUCUACACAAAUACUACAAAAAUUGUGAUACUAAUUUGAUUAAUUUUUACUAAAUUUAUGAAUAGAAGCGGAGAGGGUAAAGGUAAGAUCACUUCAACGCAUAAAGACAGGUAGCGCUUGCAGCUAGCAAAGCCUAAAAUCGCUGCUGGGUCAAUUAUUGUUGUAUAUACGUGAUUUUUAAAAAACUGUUAGUAAAAAUACAAUUGUAAUUACAGAAAAAGUAAAGCGCAUAUAAGAAAUU